GUGACUGCCUUGAUAAAAACCAGAGACAGAGACUCAGGAGAAAACUGCGAAGUAUACUGCCACAUUUUGGGGAAAGCCGAGUUUAUACUUAAGUCCUACUCAAAGAUUUACUUCAAACUACUGACAGAAAGGGCUCUAGACCGGGGGAGGAGACCCCUGAAUACAAUAUCACCAUUAUGGCCACAGACAGGGGCCAGCCGCCUCUCUCCUCCAGCAUCACCAUCACUCUUCACAUUGGCGACGUCAACGACAACCCACCAGUCUUUGCCCAGCCCUACCUGGUGGAGGAGAACAACCCGCCAGGCGCCUCCAUCGCGCAGGUCAGCGCCUCCGACUCCGACCUGGGCCCCAACGGCCGCGUGUCCUACUCCAUCGUGGGCAGCGACCUGGCGCCGCGCGCACUGGCGGCCUUCGUGUCGCUGAGCGCGCAGAGCGGGGUGCUGUUCGCGCAGCGCGCCUUCGACCACGAGCAGCUGCGCGGCUUCGCGCUGACCCUGCAGGCCCGCGACCAGGGCUCGCCCGCGCGCAGCGCCAACGUGAGCCUGCGCGUGCUGGUGGGCGACCGCAACGACAACGCGCCCCGCGUGCUCUACCCCGCGCUGGGCCCCGACGGCUCGGCGCUCUUCGACACGGUGCCGCGCGCCGCGCAGCCCGGAUACCUGGUCACCAAGGUGGUGGCGGUGGACGCCGACGCGGGACACAACGCCUGGCUGUCCUACCACGUGCUGCAGGCCAGCGAGCCCGGACUCUUCGGCCUGGGGCUGCGCACGGGCGAGGUGCGCCUGGCCAGGCCCCUGGGCGACAGGGACGCGGCCAGACAGCGCCUGCUGGUGGCCGUGCGCGACGGGGGGCGGCCGCCCCUCUCUGCCACCGCCACUCUGCUGCUGGUCUUCGCAGACAGCCUGGAAGAGGUGCCGCCCGACCACCACCUGGGCGAGCGCCCUCCUCGCGCUGACCCGCAGGCCGAGCUGCAGUUCUAUCUGGUGCUGGCCUUGGCCUUCAUCUCUGUGCUCUUCCUGCUCGCCGUGAUCCUGGCGGUCGCCCUGCUCCCGCGCAGCUCCUCCAGCCAAGAGGCCUGGGGCUGCUUUCAGGCUGGUGUCUGCUCCAAGUCUACACCUGCUGUUGCCCCCAACUACAGUGAAGGAACUUUGCCCUACUCCUACAAUCUGUGCGUUGUGUCACAAUCAACAAACACUAACUUCUUUUAUCCAAGUCUGCUACCGGAAAUGAUUCCCCCUCGGGAUCUCCUGGGUGAAGAUCUCUCCACAGAUGUAUGUGCCAGUAACGAAGACACACACAUCGCUUUACAUUCCUCUGUUACUUCCUCUCACGUUGAGUUUCUGCAAACCUACUUAAACUAUAUAUGUUUUUAUUCGUAA